AUGACGGAACAAAAUGAUGUUCCGGAGGAUCAACCGCAAGAAGAAUGUUCAUUAAAUAAGGAUAUAGCAUUAGAAAUAUCUCCAGUUGCUCCAUUAAACUAUUCAAAAAAGUUGCAAAUCGGUGAUACAAAAUUAUUGGUUGUUGACAAAGAGGAUGAUAUUAUAAGCGGGGAAGCUCUUAGUUGUUGUGUACUCGGUAGUCCAAAACAUGUAGCAGCAUUGAAGGCAAAAAUUGAAGAAUUGAAUGCACAUUCCGAACAAUUGGAGCAAGAACGCAGAGAAGCUUUAUCACAUUCCGAAUCCGUAUCAAAACAACUUGAUCAACUUGUAAAAGAAUUAUCACAACUAGGUCAUGACAAUAAUCAAAAAAAUAAUGAACAAACAAUUCAUGCCACGUUUCGUACAUUUGGUACAUUACAAAAGCUUGAAAUAAUAGCAGAUGAAGAAGAUUCAGCUGAAGAAUAUCAUAAACAUGAUAGAUUAAUGAGAAAACCUAGAGUUAGACAAUAUUUUCAUGCUGGCACUUUACAUAGAGAAGCUGAAGAAAGAAGAGUGAAUUUUACAGAAUUAUUUUGGGAUUUGAUUUUCGUAGCCGUGAUUGGAAAUUUAGGUCAUGUUUUGGUCGAAGAUGUUUCUCUCGUUAAUAUUGAGAGAUUUAUUUUAACAUUUUAUCCUAUUUGGAGAAUAUGGUAUGAUAUGACCCUUUAUUUGAAUAUGUAUAGCUCAGAUGAUUUACUUGAGAAAUUUCUCUUGUUUUUUGAAAUGGUACUUGUAAUUACUAUGGGAUCACACGCGUCAGAUUUAUUCGGUGAAACCACACAUAUUUUUCUCAUUUCGUUCGUAAUUGCACGAAUGACGUUCAUGUUUUUGAAUUUGUUACAUGCGACAUGGAUCCCGUUAUUUCGUAUACCGUUUAUAAAUACUGCAUGGGGAAUCUUCAUUCCAUGUAUUCUUUGGAUUAUAGCAAUAUUCUUUCCUAGAAAUAGGAUCGCAGUAAUGUGGGCUGCAUUCGUAUUUGAGAAUCUAUGGUCUGGCGGCAUUUUAUUCUUGAAUCGAUAUGCAAGUAAAGUAUUUAAUCGAAAUAAGACUGCACGAGAAGAAUUUGAAACAACCGAUAAUUCGACAGCUACUUUGGAGAGUACUUUAGUUAACGAUUCCUCACCCACCUCAUCCACCUCACCCACUUCAACUUCUCCAAAAAAGCAUGCGCCAAAUAAAAAAAUGAAGACUCGUGGUACCGAAUAUCAAUGGAAAUGGAAGGAUUUAUUACCAAUAUUCAGAAUUUCAGAAUAUAAACCCGCAUUAAAUAUAGAACAUUAUAGUGAAAGAUUAGGAUUAUUUACUAUUAUAGCUUUAGGUGAAGGGAUUAUAGGAAUCUUAUAUACUAGUCUCAAUCCGUCGCCUGAUGGUCAGCUCGUCAAGGCAAUAUUAGGAUUAUUAACUGCGUAUAACUUGCAUUGGAUAUAUUUCGAUGUGGAUGCUAGUAGACAAUUUCAACAUGCCGUAAGAAGACACGCUUUUACUGGGAUAUUAUUUGCAUCGAUACAUUUUCCCAUGAAUAUGGCGUUGAUUGCAUUUGGUACGUCACUAGGUAAAAUGGUGCAACUUCGUGAUUUUCCUGGUUCUCAAUAUAUACCGGUAGAAGACAGUGUGGCUCAUUUAGAAUCAAGAGCGACUCCUGAUGCUGCAACUACGGAUGACGCAGGAUUUACUUCAUCAUUACGUUGGUUGUACUGUGUUUCAUUGGCGAUUUCAUUAUAUUGUAUGGCUUUUAUUGGAAUGUUACACAAAGGAUUAGAUGAUGCUAAUUACCUAAGAAUUCGAAAGUCUUAUCGAAUUUCAUUAAGGUUCAUAAUUGGAACGAUUUACGUAUUAUUACCAUUAAGUAAAAUUAAUUCAUUAAAUUUGAUCAUUAUAACUUCAAUGCUUUCAUUAUUGUUGGUUAUCGUUGAAAUUUAUGGUAGAUUAAGAAAAGGGUUGCCGUUAUUUGGUAAUUGUGAUGAUGAUGUUUUACUAGAUUCUCAUAAUAAGAAAUAUGUCAGGUGGAGAUGGGGAAAUAAAAAUUUAAACAAGAGAACUUGGAGUACCGGAGUUUUAAGAAAAAGGAACGAAAGCAAAAAUAACGAGAAUUAG